CUCUUUAGCCUCUCUCUAUUUUCUUCCAUACCAUACUAUACUCACAACAACACAUUGCAUCAUACUAUCUUUUGCUUGCUUCAGAUGGAGCUUCAACUGGCUCUCGCUCUCCCAAUCAAUCCCACCUAUCAUAAAAAACGUACCUUCUCCCAACUCCUCAUGAUGGACCAUGCAGCACCACCAGAAAGCACCCUCACCGACCAUGUUAUGCUUCCUACUCUGUCUCUCCUCCCUUUAACCCCAAACCACCACCAUGAUGAUGAUCACCACAGUCAAUGCUCUAACAUCACCAAGGAUGAUGAGGAGGAGGAGUCUGUAGUGGGUUGGCCACCAGUAAACUAUCAUUGGAGGAAGAAACUUCGUGUGGACGAGGUUGUAGGGAAUAAUAAUAAUAAUAAUCACAUGGUAUCGGUUGCUGAUCAUCGUCAUCAUAGUGUUUACGUGAAGGUGAAGAUGGAGGGUGUGGGAAUUGCACGGAAGGUUGAUCUCAGCAUGCACCAAUCAUUUCACACGCUCAAGCAAACCUUGAUGGACAUGUUUGGAAAAUGUAAUAUUCAACAAUCAAACAACUAUGAACUGGCUUAUCUGGACAAAGAAGGUGACUGGCUUCUCGCACAAGAUCUACCAUGGAGAAGUUUUGUUGGGUGUGCGCGAAGACUCAAAUUGGUGAAGAGAAUUUUUAUCCAUGGCCAAAAGAUUACUUAUUUCUUCCGACCACUUUGGGACAACCCCCCUGCCCCCUUCACAAGUAUACCUCACUAUUAUGCAGAAAAUGUCUCUAUGGAACACCUUUGCCGCCUUCAUGGCUGGUCCCUUCGUUCCAAGCCUCGUCGCAUUUUUGAUGCUGUUAUCUUCAGCAAUGAGUUAGACAUGCUAGAGAUUAGAUGGCACGAACUUUCUCCCUAUGUAUCAAAGUUUGUGAUCCUUGAGUCCAAUACUACGUUUACGGGCAUUCCAAAACGUCUCUUCUUCGCCUUAAACCGGGAAAGAUUUUCCUUUGCCAAACAAAAGAUUGUCCAUGACAUUUAUCCUGGCAGAAUUGCAGUCCCUGGAUCGCACGAGGACCCAUUUGUGCUUGAGUCAAAACAGCGUGGGGCGAUGAAUGCAUUGUUACGCCGUGCAGGCAUUUCCAACGGUGAUAUUCUUCUCAUGUCAGAUACAGAUGAGAUUCCAAGUCCUCAUACAUUGAAACUGCUUCAGUGGUGUGAUGGGAUUCCUCCCAUAAUGCAUCUUGAACUGAGGAAUUACAUGUACUCAUUUGAGUUCCCUGUGGACUACAGCAGCUGGCGUGCCACUGCCCACGUCUAUGGUCCCCGAUCACAAUACCGGCACUCACGCCAGACGGAUGUAAUUUUCUCAGAUGCAGGAUGGCACUGCAGCUUUUGCUUUCAGUAUAUUUCAGAGUUUGUGUUCAAGAUGACUGCCUAUAGCCAUGCAGACCGCGUGAAAAGGAAAUAUUUUCUGAGUCAUUCAAGAAUUCAGGACAUUAUCUGCAAGGGAGAUGAUCUUUGUGAUAUGCUCCCUGAAGAAUACUCUUUCCAGGAGUUGAUUAAAAAGAUGGGGUCAAUACCCCGGUCAGCUUCUGCGGUUCAUCUUCCUGCCUACUUGAUAGAGAAUGCAGAUAAAUUCAAGUUCCUUCUUCCUGGAGGCUGCUUAAGACCACCAGAAUAAAUGACCCUUUUUGCGAAGUAACACAUAACCUAGAUUUGCACUUUAGCUUUAGAUUUUGGUAGGAUACAUGACAUAGCACUAAGUCUCGUAGUUUUAUCAUUGUUCUUGAAUAUGAAGCAGCAGGUAUAAAUUGCAUGGAGAAGCAGAAUAUAGCACAGUCACUAUAGCAAUUUGUAGCUGUAGAAACUCAUCCCGCUCACAUAUCUUUUUGUUAAGUAUAGGAGAUAGUGGAGAGAACUAGUAAUGCGGUGGCUUAAUAAACAAAGAGCUUCAACUGACAGAAAUGGUGAUAAAAGAAAAUUAAUACUUUUGUGCUUGUGUCUCCUUAUGAAAGCGGUUUCUUUGCACGAAUGGAUUGGAACCAUAAAUAAAUUUCAUCGGUCAAUUAUUAUUUCUCUAA